CAUCAUCAGAGGUCACUUGAUCAAGGACCAGACCAGAGAGCAACAUCAUCAUCGUCUUGCCCCUCUUCAGCUCAGCCUCGACUUAUAAUCCCUACGCCGGCAACUCGCCUCAUCAGGUCGGCUGGAUAGAGCUCGUCGAACGCCUUGGAUCUAUCUGCAUCAACUUGAAAGACACCCUCGCAACAACAUGGCUCCAAGGAAGGCAGGUCAACCGGCUUCGUGGGAAGUUGAUGCGGAUUCACCCAAACCGGAAGGAGAGACGAGGGCGAGGAGGAGUUAUGCGGUGAAAGAGUUGGUCACCAACCCCGCUCCAGGCAUCCAGACCAUCCACGACAUCCUCCUCUACGCCGCCCGCACGCACGGUAACAAGCCCGCCUUAGCCCACCGUCCUAUCAAGAACAUCAUCACCGAGACGAAACAGGUCCCGAAGACCGACCCCAACACGGGGGAAGAGACGACGCAAGAGAAGAAGUGGGAGUAUUACGAGUUGGGGGGGUUCGAGUGGGUGGGGUAUCAGGGGUUGUUGGAUAGGGUGAGGGAUGUCGGGUUGGGAUUGAGGGAAUUGGGUGUAGGGUCGAGGGGGCAGGAGUUUUUCAACAUUUAUGGACAGACCAGCCUGACUUGGCAACUCGUCGCUCACGCCUGUGCGCUCUCGGCCAUCCCCAUCUGUACCGCUUACGACUCCCUCGGUCCCUCCGGUCUCGCCCACGCUCUCAAAGAGCCUAACUGCAGGUCCAUGUUCAUCAACUCACACCUCGUCCCCGUCCUGCUGCAAAUCAUCGACCAGGUGACCGACCUCGAGCUCGUCAUCUUUGACGGCGAGGUCGGUGAGGAGGACAGGCGAAAGCUGGAAAGUGUGCAGAGGGGGGAAGGGAAGGGUUUGAGGGUGAUCUCGCUCGAAGAGGUCGAAGUGAUCGGGAAAAGGAAGAGGGAGGAGACAGGAGAGGUCUGGAUGGGGGAGAAGGCUGAUCCGAACCAGACUUAUUGUAUCAUGUAUACAAGCGGGUCGACGGGUGCACCCAAAGGUGUUAUGUUGACACACAAGAACAUCGUCGCCGCAGUCGGAGCGGUUUGGCACUUGCUCUACGAAUAUCUCACCCCGGAGGAUACCUUCCUCGCCUUCUUGCCGCUCGCUCAUAUUCUUGAGUUUGUUGUCGAGACGAGUUGGAUCUUCGCAGGGAUUCCGAUCGGGUACGGGAGGAUCAAGACGUUGACGGAUGCGAACGUUAGGGGUUGUAAGGGAGAUAUCGCCGAGUUCAAGCCGAGCAUCAUGGUCGGUGUACCGGCCGUCUGGGAGUUGAUCCGUAAGGGCAUCGUCGCCAAGGUAGAAAAGACUGGCAAGUUGGGCCUCUUCAACAAGGCCCUCGGGAUCAAGCAGUUUGCGACAACCCGCAAGAUUCCCGGGUUGGCUGGAUUGACGGACAAGGUCGUCUUCAACGCCGUAAAGGCGCAGACGGGUGGGAGGCUGAAGAUCGCCUUGACCGGUGGUGGUAGUUUGAGCGCGAGCACUCAAGAGUUCAUCUCGAAUGCGGUCGUGCCGUUGAUCCAAGGAUACGGUCUAACCGAGUCGGUUGCCAUGGCCGUCAUCCUGCACCCGGCAUGGAUGCAGUACGGUGUUGCCGGUUGUCCCGUCCCCUCGACCGAGAUCAAACUCGUCGAUGCCAAGGAAGCGGGCUACUUGUCGACCAACAACCCGCCGCAGGGAGAGAUCUACCUCCGAGGACCCAGUGUGACCGGAGGAUAUUUCAAGCGGCCCGAUCUGAACGAGGAGUCUUUCACUAAGGAUGGCUGGUUCAAGACAGGAGAUAUCGGUCAGUGGAACAAGGACGGGACUUUGUCCAUCGUCGACCGAAUCAAGAACUUGGUCAAGCUAAGUGGAGGCGAAUACAUUGCCGUCGAGAAGCUGGAAUCGGUGUACAAGUCCACCUCGGUCGUUGGCGAGGGCAUGAUCCUGGCCAAUCCGCAGCAUCGUCAACCCGCCAUGAUUGUCUGCAUCCAUCACGUCAACUUCCCUCAAUUCGUCAAGAGCCAAAACUUGGGUGGCGGAUCCGAGGAUCUCGAUAAGCUGUGUCGGGAUAAAGAGGUGGAAAAAGCCGUCCUAAGGGAACUGAACGCGAACGGAAAGAAGCAAGGGUUUUCUAACCUCGAAUUGUUGGAGAGCGUCAUCUUGACGCCGGACGAAUGGUUACCCGGAUUCAUGUUGACCGCCGCGAGGAAGAUUCAACGAAAGGAAGUAACAGAACAUUACAAGGAUUUGAUUAACUCUCAUUACAAGUAA